GUUUACAUGGUGCUCUUUUGGAGGCCCAGAUUUUCGCCCCAAAGCCUCCAGCCUCUCCCACCCUUUCUUCGCUUUUCGUCUCUCGCCUUUCCCCCUCCCUCUCUCUUCGCCCUCCGCCUCCUCCUUUCCUCCCCAACCCCCGCCCUUCGCUCUCUUCUCCGCCGCCACGCCGUCAUCGUCGCCUCCGGCCACUCUGCCAACCCCUUCCUCGCCGCCAAGCUGAUCUCCCUCUACGCGGCACUCUGCCGCCCCGAUCUAUCUGCUUGUGUCUUCUCUGCCGCCAUCCCAUCCAACUCCGGCGACACCUUCCUCUGGAACUCCAUCAUCCAAGCCCACUUCUCCAAUGUCGACUUCCCCCUCGCCCUCCGCUUCUACAGUCAGAUGCUCUCCUCCGGCGCUUCCCCAAACGAGUUCACCAUCCCCAUGGUGGCCUCUGCCUCCGCUGAGCUCCUUGACCUCGGUCUCGGCUCUUCCAUCCAUGGCAAUGCCAUGAAGUUCGGUCUUUUUAAUGGGAAGUCCACUGCUGUUGGGUCGUCUUUAGUGUAUAUGUACUCAAAGUGUGGGGUGAUUGGCGAUGCAUAUAGGAUGUUCGAUGAAAUGCCGGCGAGGGAUGUGGUGGCAUGGACUGCGGUUAUAAUUGGGUGCGUGAGGAAUGGCGAGUUUGAGGAGGGGUUGGUCUGUCUUAAGAAGAUGCAUCGGGUUGGUGGAGACGGAGGGGGGAGGCCUAAUUCUCGGACCAUGGAAGGUGGUUUGCAAGCUUGUGGGAACUUAGGGGCCUUGCCAGAAGGUAAGUGUCUGCAUGGGUUUUUGUUGAAAGCUGGAAUGGGGUGCUACCCUUCGGUCAAUUCAUCACUUCUUUCCAUGUAUUCCAAGUGUGAAAGCUUGGAAGAAGCUACUAUUGUGUUUCAAGAGUUAUCAGAGAGAGACGUUGUCUCUUGGACUGCAAUUGUUGGAGUUUAUGCGAGGAAAGGUUUCAUAUUUGAGUGUCUGGAGUUGUUUCAAAUGUUGCAGAAUUCAGGGGUAGAACCUGAUGGAGUUUUUAUUAGCUGCAUGCUUACAGGUUUUGCUAAUUCUGGCAACGUUAGUGGAGGAAAGGCCUUUCAUGGAGUUAUGUUGAGGAGAAAUUUUGUAUUGAAUACUUUGGUUGGUAAUGCUCUACAAUCAAUGUACUGCAAGUUUGAGUUAUUGGAGUAUGCAAGGAAGGCUUUUGAUGUGGUAGGUGAACGUGAUACAGAGUCAUGGAAUUUGAUGGUCUUUGGAUAUGGGAAGAUGGGACUGGAUGUUAAAUGCUUGGAUCUUUAUAGGGAGUUGCAAUUUCUCAGAUUAGGCUAUAGUUCUGAUCUCAAUUGCUUAGUUUCUGUGAUUUAUUCCUGUUCCCAAUUAGGGGCACUGCAUUUAGGCCAAUCCAUGCAUUGCUACAUGAUAAAAUAUGCAGUUGAUGAAGAUGUGUCAGUUGCUAAUGCACUCAUCGGCAUGUAUGCAAGAUGUGGAAAACUUGACCUUGCAAGGACAAUAUUUGAUCACACAACUAGAGAUGUUGUCACAUGGAAUGCUUUGAUUGCAGCUUAUGCUCAGCUAGGACAUUCUAGUGAUGCCUUAUCACUGUUUGAUCGGAUGCUUUUUGAAGAUGUGAAACCCAAUUCUGCAACUUUAGUGAGUAUUCUCUCAGCUUGUUCGCAUAUGGCUGUUCUCCACCAUGGAAGAUGGAUACACAACUACAUCAAAAAAAUGGGGUUAGAGUCUGAUGUAUCUAUUUGCACAGCACUGGUGGACAUGUAUGCUAAAUGUGGGCAGCUUGAAAUUUCAAGAGCAAUAUUUGAUUCUAUGCCUGAAAGAGAUGUUGUUUCUUGGAAUGUGAUGAUCUCUGGAUAUGGCAUCCAUGGAUAUGCCAAGGAAGCAUUAGAGGUCUUUAGGGAAAUGGAAAAGACAAGUUUGAGGCCUAAUGGGGUUACAUUUCUUGCAGUCCUAUCUACAUGCAGUCAUGCAGGAUUAGUGAAAGAGGGAAAGGAAUUGUUUUGUGGAAUGGGAAAGUAUUCUGUUACACCAACACUGAAGCAUUAUGCUUGCAUUGUGGAUCUCCUGGGCCGAUCAGGGAAUUUAUGUGAGGCUGAAGCUAUGGUUCUUAAUAUGCCAAUGGAACCUGAUAGUGGAAUUUGGGGAGCGCUGCUUGGUGCUUGUAGAAUGCACAAUAAUGUGGAGAUGGGAGAGCGCAUUGCAAGGAGAGCUUUGGAGUCAGACCCUGAGAAUGAAGGAUACUACAUUCUGCUGUCCAAUAUGUACAGCUGUGCUGGAAGAUGGGAAGAGGUGGAGAAGCUGAGGGGCACAAUGAACAAUAAGGGAGUAAGCAAGAGAGCCGGUUGGAGUGCAGUGGAACUUGGUUAGGGGAUUCACAAGUAAAGGCCCAUCCAAUGCAUGGAAUAAGUUCCAGUGCAUCAUUGUAGAAAUGAUGAAAACCAGAAAUCUGCAAUUGAACUGAGAUCAACAUAGGUACAGCAGGAAAGCCAAGUGCAACUUUCCACUGCCAUCAAAAAAACAUCAUGAAGAGCAGUCAAUUAUAUUUACAUUUAGAGCUGUAUAUGGAUAGAAGUUGCAACCUCAUUAUUCAGUGCAGCGGGACUCUGUAAUGAAUGAGAGAAGCCAGCAACGAUAAAGAGAGAUGCAGGAAACAACAAGAAACCAGACUCUUCACCUUUCCGAUCAAAGAAGUGUAAAGAUAAAGAGGAAGAAAUGAAAGAAAAAUGACAUGCAGUGGAGAUAAGAUGAACCACAGUUCACGCAUAUAUUCUUCCUUCCACAAGACCAACUCAUGUACUCAUGUAUGACAAGGCUGAGUGAAGGACAGAGACGGCAAGAAAGCAUUUCCUGCAAAAGAGGCAUCGAGGAAGAGAGGAAAUGUUAAUCCAAGGCAACAACCAGGGACUGGUCCUAUCAGUUGAUGCCAAAGCCAAGACUUAGAUGGACAUGACAUCUUCACGAGCAUCACGUUGGUGCAGCCUCUCAGCUUUGUGGAACCUAUAGCUAGUUAUGAUCUUCGACUUUUUUUUUAUUUUUAUUAAUAUAAUUUUUUUAUUUAUCUAAAUAAUUUUAUUUUUAAUUUAUUUACGAGAAUGAUGUAAAAUCGGUAAAAUAUCAUUUGGAAUGACAUUUUAUCGUGACCACGUCACUCCAUAUUUUUCACGUAGGUCA